CUUCAGUCCAACUGCGCUCUUCUCCUCGGAAAGUUCAUGUUGGGUUUCAUCCAAUGUGGCCCAGUGGAUCCUCCUGCCCCACGACCGCUCCUUCCAAUUCAUCUGCCCGACAAUAUCAAGAUUCUUUCCUGUCUGCCUGCGAUAACUGUACUAACAGUAAAUAUGAAGACGAAAAUGGAGAGCGUGUGGGUGGAAGGUGCAUUGGGAGCAAUAAAAGCGAUCGCAUUUGUCUGUGAUAUCAUCACUUAUCCAGUGUACCUUAUUCUACAACGGCCAUGGGAGAAAAAACGUUUGUCACGAAGGAUGAAGGCAGAGGUAAAAGUUGAAGAUGGAAAGACUAUUGUAUUGAAAUCUCUUACAAUGCCGAGGGAUGUACAUUGUAAAUUCCUUACCUCCAAAAUUGAUACCUUAGAAAAAAUGUUAAAUUAUGUCACAGACAUGUACGGAAACAAAAAUUGCCUGGGAACUCGGGAAAUUUUGGCUGAAGAAGACGAACUCCAGCCGAAUGGUCGAAUUUUCAAAAAAUACCUGAUGGGUGAAUAUAAAUGGAGGAGUUACAAUGAUGUAAAUCAAGAGGCUGUUUUAUUUGGUCGUGGUCUUAGAUCCUUAGGCUUCAAGGCAAAAGAAAAUAUCGUCAUAUUUGCCGAAACCAGAGCUGAAUGGAUGGUUGCAGCUCAUGGUUGUUUCAAACAAAAUUUCACAGUGGUCACUAUUUACGCAACACUGGGGGAAGAGGCUAUUGCUCAUGGUAUAAAUGAAACUGAAGGGAGAGUAGUUAUUACGACACACGAAUUACUACCAAAAUUUAAAACAAUACUGAAAAAUACUCCUUGUGUAAAGAAAAUUAUAUUUAUGGAAGAUCAGCUUAAGGUAACUGAUAGAACCAACUUCAGCCCAGAUGUAGAAAUAAUUAGCUACAAAGAAGUAAUAGCUAAAGGUCAAAAUUUUGACUCAGUUGCUGAGGUACCUACAAAAGAAGAUAUUGCAAUUAUUAUGUAUACCAGUGGAUCCACCGGUGUACCAAAAGGUGUUUUACUAACUCAUUCCAAUAUGAUGGCAACUCUCGGUGCUUUUUCUGAUGCUGUAAUAAUUAGUUCAAAGGAUGUUUUCCUUGGUUUCUUACCCCUAGCACAUGUUUUUGAACUCUUAUCAGAAUCUGUAUGCCUUCUGAAUGGUGUUGCAAUUGGGUACUCAUCUCCACUUACGCUUAUCGAUUCUUCAAGUAAAAUCAAGCAUGGAUCAAAAGGAGAUGCACCUGUUCUUAAACCAACAUGCCUCACUGCUGUACCUCUUAUUUUGGACAGGAUAUACAAAGGAGUUAAUGAAAAAGUUGAAAAGAACACUUCUUUUAAGCGUGCGCUGUUUAGAUUUGCUUUUGAGUACAAAAAGAAAUGGACCAAAAGGGGCUUCUCGUGUCCUCUAAUAGACAAGUUGGUGUUCGCUCAGACAAGGCAACUCCUAGGUGGAAGGGUUAGGCUUAUUCUUAGCGGUGGAGCUCCUCUCUCUCCAGACACUCACGAACUCAUUAAAACUUGUUUGUGUGAAAAAGUCAUUCAAGGUUAUGGCUUAACAGAAACGUGUUCCUGUGCCACUGUGAUGGACGACAUGGACAGGACAACAGGAAGGGCUGGACAUCCUGGGACUGUAUGUUCUAUCCGUAUUGUCAAUUGGGAUGAGGGGAAUUACACUGUCAAGGACCGACCAUUCCCAAGGGGUGAAAUCGUAAUUGGCGGAAAAAAUGUUUCUCCUGGGUACUACAAAAAUCCUGAAAAGACAAGAGAGGACUUUUUCGAAGAGAAUGGCAUCAUGUGGUUCAGAACAGGAGAUAUCGGUGAAGUCCAUGAAGAUGGAGUAAUCAAAAUUAUUGAUCGUAAAAAAGAUUUAGUAAAACUGCAAGCUGGUGAAUAUGUCUCACUAGGAAAAGUAGAAUCUGAAUUGAAGACUUGUCCAAUCGUUGAAAACAUAUGUGUUUAUGGGGAUUCAUUAAAGGAUUACACAGUAGCACUGGUAGUUCCUUCACAGCAGCAUCUCAAGGCUGCUGCUAAAAAGCUUGGCUUAGAAGAAUCUUUUGAACAACUCUGUGCUAAUCCAAAGAUGGAAAAAGCUGUCUUAGAUGAAUUAGCAAUUCAUGGUAAAAAAUGUAAACUCGAACGCUUUGAAAUUCCUGGAGCUGUCAAACUGUGUACCGAAGUUUGGUCACCUGAUAUGGGUCUGGUCACAGCUGCUUUUAAACUACGUCGCAAAGACAUUCAGAAGAGAUAUCAACAUGAAAUUAACAGAAUGUAUGCUUCAUGAUCUUGGCAUUUUUUCUAAGUGGUUUCCUCUCUACUGAAUCUUCCUGCCAGUUACUCAUCUCUAAUUUUAUCUUCUUAUCCCCUGCCUACAUCACAUGAAGUACCCACAAUAUUUAAUUUUAAAAUGGUAUUGAUGGGUUUCUUAAACCUUUUUCGUCUCUCCUUUGCCACUUGUAGAUAGACUUAACAUAAAGUGGUUUUUAUAUAUAAUGGUAUAUUUAUGUAUGUUAAGUUAAAUUCUGGUUAUAAAUGUGUAUAUAAUAUGUAUAAAUAACAAUUACCAUAAAUGUACAGUGUAAAUCAGUUUAGGAAUGUAUAUUUUGUGGUCAAAGAACAAAUUUAUGGGAAUAAUUAUUGAACUAUAAAGCUAUUGAAUUUGUUGUUAUUAUUAUUGUUAUGUUGUUAUAAAGUUUGGGUUUCAACCUGCACAAACAAUUUUCAUCCCCUAUCGUGUUUCUUUGGUGAUGAUAUGUCGUUUACUAAAUACUUAAAUCUCUUGGAACUUACAGUUCACUUCUUUUUGUAACGUUAAAGAAUAAUUUGCUUGUACGUUUUCUGUGAGAAAAAAUCUGACUUUUUUAAAAUGAAUAUUCAUUGGAAAUAUUUUGUUCUGUUUUCUGUCGGCUGUGAUUUACAGUUUAUUAGUAACAACAUAAAAUAAUAUUUGAGAUCAUACACGUGAAAUAACUUUAUUUUAAAUGGUUGUGAAUUUAAGAAUUAAAAACAAAUCCUUUUCCAUAAUCGUUCUCAUUGAGAGCAUUUUUAAAAAUUUUAAUUUUAUCUUAAAAUAAUUUAAGCAUAUUUAAUUAAAUAUAAUCCACCAAUGUACAAAAUACUACUUGUCAAAAACUGUCAAUUUAAGUAAAAGCCUACUUAGUAAAA